UACACGAGCGCGCGCAUUCUACUCCUCGGUGUGCCAGGAAAAGAUGGCAGCGUCCGUGUGCCGAUUCGGGGGAGCCGUGAGUCGAGCUUUUGCCAAAGCUCGCAGUCCUGUUCUGCUUUCUCUGAGACGGAGUCAGGCAACUGUAUCGUAUGCUCAAAGCAUACUGGGUGCUUCAGAGGCACAGCUCUCCACCUUGGACAAUGGACUGAGAAUUGCCUCAGAGGAGACUGACCAUGCUACAUGUACUGUUGGCCUGUGGAUCAGUGUAGGUAGUCGAUAUGAAUCCGAGAAGAACAAUGGUGCUGGAUUCUUCUUGGAGCACUUGGCUUUCAAGGGCACAAAGAAGCACUCUCAGUCUGCUCUUGAGCAGGCAGUGGAGUCGAUGGGAGCUCAUCUAAGCACAUACACUUCUCGUGAGCACACUGCAUACUACAUGAAGACCCUGGCUAAGGACCUGCCAAAAGCGGUCGAACUGCUGUCUGAGGUGGUGCAGAGCUCUUCUCUGAGUGAGGCUGAGAUUGAGCAGCAAAGAGGUGUGGUGCUCAGAGAGCUGGAGGAGGUGGAGGGCAGUCUGUCAGACGUCUGUCUGGACCUGCUCCACUCCACUGCUUUCCAGGGCACACCACUCAGCCAUAGUGUUCUGGGACCCUCUGAAAAUGCUAGGACUUUUACUCGGCAGCAUCUGGUGGAAUACAUCAACAGCCACUACAAGGCUCCUCGUAUGGUUCUGGCUGCUGCUGGAGGUGUGAACCAUGCAGACCUAGUUGGUUUGGCUAAGCAGUACUUCAGUGGUGUUUCGUUUGAGUAUCAGGGUGAUGCUGUGCCUGUGCUGCAUCCCUGCCGCUUCACUGGCAGUGAGAUUCGAUACCGUGAUGAUGCCAUGCCACUGGCACAUGUUGCUAUUGCUGUAGAGGGAGCAGGGGCUGCCAAUCCAGAUGUCGUGCCCCUCAUGGUUGCUAAUGCCAUCAUCGGCAGCUAUGACCUCACAUUUGGAGGUGGCAUGAACCUGAGCAGUCCCUUAGCACGCCGGGCUGCAGAGUUAAGCUUGUGCAACAGCUACGAGGCUUUCCAUACUACCUACAGUGACACGGGACUGAUGGGCAUCUAUUUCGUCACAGACAAACACAAGAUCGAGGACAUGAUGCACUGGGCUCAAAAUGCAUGGAUGAAUGUGUGCACCACAGUGACAGAGAGUGAUGUGGCCAGAGGAAAGAAUGCCCUGAAGGCCAGUUUAAUAGGACAACUGAACGGUACCACACCAAUCUGUGAUGACAUUGGCAGACACAUUCUCAACUAUGGCCGCCGUAUCCCAUUAGCUGAGUGGGAUGCCAGGAUUGAUGCUGUAACCCCCAAGGUGUUGCGUGAUGUUUGCAUCAAAUACAUCUAUGACAAAUGUCCUGCCGUGUCUGCUGUUGGUCCAAUUGAACAGCUUCCAGACUACAACCGAAUGCGCAGUGCCAUGUACUGGCUUCGGUUCUAAAUGUUCAUUUAAUUUGUCUGAUGUCCACUCAUCUCUCCCUCACACACUGAUCACUCAGCUUCGUUUAUACUCUUCUCCGCUCACUGGUUUGUUUCCUCUUCCUAAGGUCCCUGUUCCUCAAAGUUUCCCCUCAUUUCUGCUCUGAAAAUGGUAACUCCAUCCUUUCUGUUACUAUCUUAGCUUAGUUCGUUUCUAUGGUGUUCAUGGGGGAUAGUGUCAAGUGAUUAGCAGGUUUGCGGAAAUACGUAAAUAUGAAACUAAUGAGCUGUUGAUUCUUAAUAAAGAUGGUUAAACUGCAACAGUGACAACAACAGCCUCAUAUUUGUGAUGAAGAAUUUCCAUUUAGAAAUUCUCAUGAAAGCAGGAAGGUAGGUGAAGAUGGAGAACAUUUCAAAUGAGCAGGUACAGGGAAAUCACUUCAGAGUCCAACAUGUCACGUGGAGCAGAACUAUUUAUGAAGUGGUGUGUUUUGUUUCUGUCCACUGUUGUAUAUAACAGAAGCUCUCAUGCCAAUAAAAUGCUGAAAACUCAA